AAUAAAAAACUCUUAUCUCUCUCUCUUUCUGUCUACUUCUCCUAAUUGAUCAUAAAAAAUCCCAAAAAAAAAAAAAAACACCAUUCUUAAUUCUCUCUACUCUGCACACAUAACAUGGCCUAGCUGUUCUUGGAUCCGGAGAUUCUGGGUCUCUGAACUCAUCAUCCACCCACAUUUACUUACUUAUAACCCUAAAACAUGUCUUGUUAUUGCAUUUCUCUCUAGAAGUUCUAAAUCCCAUAAAACACUUAUACUUCACUAUCUUCUUCUUCUCCCUCCUUCCCUUUCUCUGUCUCUAUGUACUAGCGAUAGUACUAAUGCCUGUAAAAUCAUUUCAUUUGUUGGUUCUCUUCUUGUUAACAUCCGCGUCGUUAUUCACCCGGGUGUUUUCUGUAAAUGAUCAAGGGGAAGCAUUAUUAUCAUGGAAGAAGAGUUUAAACGGAACGAUACAAGUGUUCAAAGAUUGGAACCAAAAUGAUGAGAAUCCAUGUUCUUGGUUUGGUGUUACAUGCAACAUUAAUCAACAAGUGAGUGAAUUUAACAUAAGUAAUGUUGAUUUAUAUGGUCAUGUUCCAAGUAACUUAACUUCAUUAAGUACUUCAUUGAAUAAGCUUGUAUUAACAGGUGCUAAUCUAACUGGUCCAAUUCCUAAAGAAAUUGGUUUGUUAAGUGAAUUGAAUUUGUUAGAUUUAAGUGAUAAUGCACUUACUAGUGAAAUUCCUAAUGAGUUAUGUAAUUUGUUUAAACUAGAAAAACUUCUUCUUAAUUCCAAUAGACUCGAAGGUUCGAUACCGAAGAGUAUCGGAAAGCUUUCGAGCUUGAAAUGGUUAGUGUUUUAUGAUAAUCAACUUAGUGGUGGAAUUCCUACUUCUAUUGGUGAUAUGAAGAAAUUAGAGAUUCUUAGAGGUGGUGGUAAUAAAAAUCUGGAAGGUCCACUGCCUAAAGAGAUUGGUAAUUGUAGUGAAUUGGUUAUGUUAGGAUUGGCAGAAACUAGUAUUUCCGGUUUUUUACCGUCUAGUCUCGGCCAACUCAAGCAACUUCAAACCUUAGCUAUUUAUACUUCUCUUUUAUCCGGCCAGAUUCCUUCGGAAAUCGGUGAUUGUACUGAAUUGGUAAGCAUAUACUUAUACGAGAAUUCACUUACCGGUUCGAUUCCUUCCCGGUUAGGAAAUUUGCAGAAUCUUCAAAACUUACUUCUAUGGCAGAACAACUUAGUUGGAGUGAUUCCACCGGAGCUUGGGAAUUGUAAUCAACUGAUGGUAAUUGAUGCUUCUAUGAAUUCACUUACUGGGAGUAUUCCUCUCAGUUUCGGGAAUUUGAGUAAUUUGUUGGAACUUCAGUUGAGUGUUAACCAAGUAUCGGGACGAUUACCGCCACAGCUUUCGAAUUGUCAAUCUCUGACUCAUAUUGAGCUUGAUAAUAAUCAGUUAACGGGAAAUAUUCCGACGGAAAUUGGGCUACUUCAGAAUCUUACUAUACUGUUUCUAUGGCAAAAUAAACUGGAAGGAAGCAUUCCGGUCUCGCUCGGUCUGUGCAAGAAUCUUGAAGCGAUUGAUUUCUCUCAGAAUUCAUUAAUAGGUUCGAUUCCGAAAGGAAUUUUUCAGUUGAAGUAUUUGAAUAAGCUACUUCUGUUAUCAAAUAAUUUAUCAGGUGAAAUUCCAGCAGAAAUCGGCGAAUGUACUUCUCUUAUUCGAUUCAGAGCUAAUGAUAACAGAAUUACUGGGCCAAUUCCUUCAGGGAUCGGGAACUUGAAGAAUCUUAAUUUCUUAGAUCUUGGAUCGAAUCGUUUGGUUGGUAAAAUACCGGAAGAAAUCUCAGGUUGUCGGAAUCUUACAUUUCUUGAUUUACACUCAAAUUCAUUUACCGGAAACCUACCGGAGAAGUUACAUCAGCUUGAGUCACUUCAGUUGGUUGAUGUUUCUAACAACUUAGUCGAAGGAACAUUGAGUUCAAAUAUUGGAUCGCUGAGUUCACUCACUAAACUCGUUUUGAGUCAAAACAAGUUUUCUGGUCCGAUUCCUUCUGAAGUUGGGUCUUGUUCAAAGCUUCAGUUACUUGAUUUGAGUGGAAAUGAGCUAUCUGGUGAAAUUCCAGCCACACUGGGUAAGAUUCCUUCAUUGGAAAUUGCAUUGAAUCUAAGCUCAAACAGAUUAUCAGGUAAGAUGCCUCAAGAAUUUUCAAGUUUAGAGAAGCUUGGAGUUCUUGAUAUUUCUUAUAAUCAGUUGACAGGAGAUUUACAAUUUCUAUCGGGCCUUCAAAACCUCGUGGUACUCAAUAUCUCAUUCAACAAUUUCUCUGGUCGUGUCCCUUACACGCCAUUUUUCACAAAGCUUCCGUUAAGCAAUCUAGCAGGAAAUCCUUCCCUAUGUUUCUCUGGUAGUCAUUGUUCUUCAGAUGCAGGUGGUGCCUCUUCAAGACACAGUGCAGCAGCUAGAAUCGCAAUGAUUGUGUUAUUAUGUGCGGCAGCGGGGUUACUUAUGGCGGCAUUCUACAUCAUCAUAAGAGAGAAAAGGCUGCCGAGUCCAGAUGAUGAUACCGAUGGUUCCCACUAUGAUGUUGAUGGUGAUGAUGAUGUGGAAAUGUGCCCACCCUGGGAAGUCACAUUGUACCAGAAACUCGAUUUAUCAAUCUCUGACGUGGCAAGAAGUUUAGUAGCCGCUAACAUUAUUGGUAAAGGAACUUCAGGAAUUGUAUACAAAGCGCAUAUUCCGUCUGGGUUAACGAUUGCUGUUAAGAAAUUUCGGAAUUCUGAUAAAGUUUCCACCGCAGCAUUUUCUUCAGAAAUUGCCACUUUGGCAAGAAUAAGGCACAGGAAUAUUGUAAGAUUAUUAGGCUGGGGUGCAAACCGGAAAUCGAAAUUGUUGUUUUACGAUUACUUGCCUAAUGGGACACUGGGGCAACUACUGCAUGAUCACGAGUCCACAACAAGUUUAGUUGAAUGGGAAACUAGGUUCAAGAUUGCACUUGGUGUUGCUGAAGGUCUUUCUUAUUUGCAUCAUGAUUGUGUGCCUCCUACACUACACCGGGAUGUCAAAGCUCAUAAUAUAUUACUAGGCGACCGGUAUGAGGCUGUUUUGGCUGAUUUUGGACUCGCCCGGUUAGUCGAAGAUGAUAAUGGCUCCUUUUCUGCUAAUCCGCAAUUUGCUGGGUCUUAUGGAUAUUUUGCCCCUGAGUACGGAAAUAUGCUAAAAAUUACUGAAAAGAGUGACGUGUACAGUUUCGGGGUUGUACUAUUAGAGAUCAUAACAGGUAAGAAACCAGUUGAUCCAGCAUUUCCAGAAGAGCAACACAUAGUACAAUGGGUGCGAGAACAUUUGAAGAACCAGAAGGAUCCGGCUAAGAUUUUGGACCCAAAACUCCAAGGUAGACCAGACCCACAAAUACAAGAAAUGCUGCAGGCCUUAGGAAUAUCAUUACUAUGUGCCAGCAACAGAGCUGAAGAUAGACCCACAAUGAAAGAUGUGGCAGCAUUGCUUAGAGAAAUUAGACAAGAACAACCAGCAGGAACCGAAAAUUCUAAACCCGGUUCAUGUUGGAAAAAACAAUCAACAUCAUCAAAAGAAGAGGAAAGUUCUUAUUCUUCAACAGCAGUAACGCCAGCAUCACUAUUAUUACUUCAAGGGUCUUCUCAAAAUUCUUCAAUUGGUUACUCUUCUGCUUCCUCAGGUGUUGUUGGUGUUAUGUCUUCUCAUCACCUACAACCUCAUGAGAGAAAGUAGGAAAUGUAGGCAAUUAGUAGCUCUAGUUUAGUUAGUUUUUAGAAACAAAACAAAAAAAAAAAGAUACCAUUAAGUUAUUAUUUGGUCAUUGUAAAGAAUUAUCAUAGUGUAGGAUGGUCUACGUCUUUUUUUGUUCUUGGACCUCAACAUCAUAAUGAAUGAAGAGAUGCAAAAAAUCUUUAUGUACAUCAAAUUUUGAUACUUGUUGUUUUCAAUUUUAUAGAUGGCCUAAUAA